UAGCAGUUGUAUCAGGCAGCUGGAAGAGGAGGUGAGUGAAGAGAGAGACCCGGAGAGGAGGGUGAGAGAGCAGAGAGCAGAGAGCUUAGGCCGGCCAUGGAUAUAGAGAAGGAGUUUAACGAGGCGGACAAACACAACCGCUGGGGCUCCAUUUAUCAGGAUAUCCGACAUGAAGCCAGCGACUUUCCAUGCAAAGUGGCCAGGCUACCAGAGAAUAAAAGUCGCAAUCGCUAUAGAGACGUCAGUCCUUUUGAUCACAGUCGAAUAAAACUUCAUCGACAUGACAAUGACUACAUUAAUGCCAGUUUGAUUAGGAUGGAAGAGGCACAGAGAAGCUACAUUCUCACACAGGGUCCUUUGCCUGAAACCUGCGGUCAUUUUUGGGAAAUGGUUUGGGAACAGAGAAGCAGAGGGGUUGUAAUGCUCAACAGAGUGAUUGAGAAGGGAUCAAAUGCUUUUAAUGACGAUGUGGACUUUGUUCUAUACCUGAUAGCAUCCACCAUUGUGCAAUCUGACCCAAACUUAAUAGUUCAGGCUAAGUCAGAGAAUGAUAUAAAGUUUCUUACAUCCUUCCAAGGACAGAAGAUGCUGCAGCCACCAGGAGCCACCACUUCUUUUGCUUCCUUUAGAGUUAUUCCUAGUUUUACACAAGAAAGCCGUGAGAUUCUGCACUUUCAUUACACCACUUGGCCUGAUUUUGGAGUUCCAGAAUCACCUGCAUCAUUCCUCAAUUUUCUGUUUAAAGUAAGAGAGUCUGGUUCCCUUAAUCCAGAACAUGGGCCCAUUGUGGUACACUGCAGUGCCGGCAUUGGUAGAUCAGGCACAUUUUGUUUGGCUGAUACCUGUUUACUCCUAAUGGAUAAAAGAAAAGAUCCUUCUUCAGUGGACAUUAAACAUGUUUUGCUAGAAAUGCGAAAAUACAGAAUGGGUCUUAUACAGACGGCUGACCAGCUGCGUUUCUCAUAUCUUGCUGUCAUUGAGGGCGCAAAGUUCAUUAUGGGGGACUCAUCUGUGCAGGAACAAUGGAAAGAGCUCUCCAAUGAAGAUUUGGAUCCACCUCCUGAACAUACACCGCCUCCACCCAGGCCACCUAAACGCACCACUGAAACUCACAAUGGGAAGAUGCCUGAGCAAACAGAAUUCAACAACAAGCUAGUGGUGGAAGAAGUGAUAAAACAAGCAGUGCAAUUGGUGGAAGAGAGCGUACCUGAUGGCAAUGUGAACUUCUCUUUUCCACCACUUAUAGAAAGCACACAUCAAGACACUGAAACUAGAAGAAGAGCAGUUGGUGAAGAAGCCCACUCCUCCACCAGUCAAGAUGAAAAGGUCAAGUACGAAAACACAGAGGACAAAAACAGGAACCCGGAGUGGCAACCAUUUAUUGUCCAUAUCUGUAUGUUCACCAUCCUAUCAGCAGGGGCUUACCUCUGCUAUAGGGUUUGGUUUCAUUAAUGGACAUAUUGGCAUGGAUCACAGUUUUUGAGUUUUUCAUACAAAAAUGCCAGACAUAAUUGGAACAAAAUAAAUAACCUAAGCAUUAGCUUGGUACAUCCUAAGCUUUAAAAGGCUGGAACUUUGCUAGGGCUUCUAAGAGUCAAUGCACUAGGGUUUAGCCCUGAAUCCCAAGAAGAUAAUACUCGUAUCUCAGGGCCUUAAACUAUUCAGGAGUAAGCAGAGAAAAUGCCAAAUAUUUUUUUUUUUUUUUUUGAAUAAAAUAGUGGUAUUACAACACAUUGUUGUUUUUUAACCUUUUUUUAAGGACUCUAACAUUUUAUUUGUGUUGCCAUAUUUUGCAAAAGAAAUAAAAUUUGAAACAGGCAACGUAUGUAAGCUUGUAGUGUUGGUCUAGUACCAAAUCCAUUGUUUUUAGUUUAGAACUCUCUCCCCCUUCUCCAAAACAUAUCAAAAGAAUGUAUUUCUGUUGUCUUUCUUACAAUUUUUCCCCUAAGUUUUUAUUGAGGUGGGGGAGGGAGUAAAAAGGAUUAAGCGCAGUUGUAUAGAAGGUGUUUUUGUUUUGUCAAUUUCAAAUUUAAAUGAACAGAGUUAAAAAAAAAAUGUUUGUGGGCUGUGCCUGUGGUUGAGCGUUGGUCUCUGUAUAACUGUUACAACAGCAUUUUUGUAAUUUCCAUACAUUUUCUAUUUCUAAAGAGUAAGACACUUUUUCAUUUGCUCAGGGUAGGCCAACAGUACCUUUUUUUUAUAUAUAGAUUUUUUUUUUCUAAUUAUGUUGCCUGUUGGACUUUGUUUGGACUUUGUUUGCACAUCUUUCUUUAUUGUACCAUAUGAUACAUGCUAUUCUGGUGCAAGUGCUACAAAUAAAUUCAACUUACAAUAUUCAUAAGCAUUUAAAUCCUAUGAUGAAAUAA